AUGACCUCAAACUCGUCCCUCGCCGGAUCAGGCACUGCUUAUUCUUCAGACAUGGAGGAAUCGAACUUUCUCAAACGCAAUCGUAUUAUCCACUUUGCACGACUCGGUCUAUCUUUCCUGACUUUCGGCAUUGCUAUUGCCGUUGUCGCAUGCGAAGCUCCACCAUUGCGACAUUAUAAGCACACCUCGCAAUGGGCGAGUGCUGGUCUCGCACUGUGGCCGUUGAACUUCGACCUUCGUCCAACAACAGCCGCCAUUGCGUGCGGUUGUAUAAUCUCCAUCUUGAACUUGGUAUACAUUGCUGCUGCACUCCUACCAUCUCCACAUUCCCGUAUCAAGCCACUGAAUAUCUACGCCUCAGCUUCAGCAGUUGCAGGCUUCUUGACCGCUCUGGUCGGGAUCCUGUUCAUAGUCUAUCUCCCUUCCUCGGAUUAUCCAGCAGGGUUUAGCAAGAAUGAAACCCUCCACACCUGGACCUGCAAGUGGAAGACUGGGGCAAGCAGCAUUAAGGCACCCUACCACUUUGACCGUGACUGCAUCAAUACUCGUGCGGGCUUUGUGUUGCUGUGUGUACUUGUUGGAAUGGAGGUUUUGAUGGGACUCGUUGCUGCUGCUGGCACGUGGUACCAGCGGGAUGUUGCUCGUCGUCGGGCGGCGCAAUUACAACUCGAGAAGUUGGAAAUUUCCACUAAGCAGGUGUAUCGCAAUUGA